AUGUCAAUUUUAUUUUCUAAAACUGAAAAAGGCAAGCCAGUUCUGAUUGAGAACGGUUUUGAUUAUAUUGAAGAACGUACUCAUGAAAAUAAAGUAUAUUGGCGAUGUACACAAUGCAACAAACAGAAAUGUAAAGCUAGAUUACAUACAACUAAUAACACAAUUUGUCAUCGAGUUGGCGAUCACAAUCACGCGCCCAAUCCGAGCAUAAGUGGAAUUCGUCAAUGUCGUUCUGAAAUUCGUAAUCUUUCUAAAACAACAAUCACGACACAUUCCAUUGUUGCCACAUCAAUUGCCACAGCAUCUACUGCAGUGUUAAGCCAACUUCCACCUAUCAACAACUUAAAGCGUGCCGUCUGUCGACAACGUGCUGCAAAUCUAAAUUUUCCAGCAAAUCCUCGAUCAAUGUCAGAAAUUCAAAUAACUGGUUCAUUUACUCUCACAAAGAAAAAAGAACAAUUUUUACAAUACGACUCAGGAAACCAAGAUUCGAAUCGAUUUUUAAUAUUUGCGACGAAUCAACAACUUGAUCUUCUUCAAUCAUCUACAGACGUGUAUAUGGAUGGCACAUUUAAGGUCGUCCCUGAACUUUUUUACCAAUUGUACUCAAUCCACGGUUCAGUUCAGGGAAGUAUCAUUCCAAUGGCUUAUAUUCUUAUGUCACGUAAGAGCGAAGAAAAUUAUAAAAGAAUUUAUGAUACUAUUAUUUCAUUAAGACCAUUAUUGAAUCCUAGUUCAGUUCUUAUCGAUUUCGAAAAAGGAGCAAUGAAUGCUAUUCGUUCCUGUUGGCCUCACUCAAACGUUAACGAUUGCUUCUUUCACUUGACACAAAACAUUUAUCGACAAGUUCAACAAGCAGGUUUUACAACUAAAUAUGGGAACGAUGAAGAAUACGCACACGCCGUACGCAUGCUUCCAGCAUUAGCUUUUUUGGAAACCAAUGAUAUUCUUUCAACAUUUGAAGAUAUUGGUGAUCUACAAAUUCCAGAUCUCGAUCCACUUUACAAUUAUUUCAAAGAUUAUUAUAUAGAUAAUCCUACAAAUGAUAAUACACAGAAAAUAAAAGCGAUUGCUCAUACAUUCAUGUUAUAA